CGCGCGCGUUCAAACGGUCCCGCGUCGUCGUGCCGUCCGCUUCUGCGAGCGCACGCUUGAAGUUUUUUCAUCAGUAAUUAUUUUCGCGCGCCACACCACAGCACACGAUUAUCGCACGUACGGUUUCAUUUUGCCCCCCCUCUAGACGAUACUGUUAUCGGUGUUCGUUGGUUUUUUUUUACUCAGCCGUAUAAUCUCGCACCAUCCACGCGAUAUAAGUACCUGUAAUCCUACCCAUAUAGGCACGCGUCGUAAAUUAAAAACCGAAAAGUCAACCGAUAUAUCCACCGAAAUCAUGUUGAUGAUGAACGAUCUGGGGUCGAUGGCCGCCGGCAUGAUGCCUUUCGACCCGAUGUGUGGCAGCCUCUACGAGCAGCAGCCGCCCAAGCCUCGGUUCAUAUUCAAAAUGCCGCGGGUCGUGCCUGACCAGAAGAACAAAUUCGAAACCGACGAACUCUUCAGGCGUUUGAGUCGCGAGAGUGACGUUCGAUACACCGGUUACAGAGACAGACCACACGAAGAACGCCAAAGUCGAUUUCAAAUCGGAUGCCGUGAAGGUCAUGUAGACAUUGCAUUCACUUCGACUGGAACCAAUUUGCAAUUGAUGUUUACUCCGAACAUGCCAAUUCCUUCAUACCAUCAAUCUGCCAAUGGCACUUGUAAUUUCGAAAAAGAACGAGGAAUGGUUCACAUACUGUCGCAUUUCAUAAUGAAUGGAGUGUGCGUCCGGUGGAAAGGGCGCAUCGACUUGGACAAAUUGGACGGCAUCGGUUGUCUGGAGUUCGACGAGGAACGAGCUAUGAUCGAGAAUAGGAUGUUGCAGGAGCAAAUCGAGAGAUACAACGACCGUAUCAGAGAAUAUCAGGACAAACCUCGUGCAUACAGAAACCAAGAGCGUGGGAUUACCGAUUCGGAUUUAGACGUGAAAAGAAGAUUGAACUAUUAGAUCAUUACAUGUUACAUAAUAUACAUAUAUGACUCGAGCGCGUUUGUACACAAUAUAUACCUAAAUAUAUUAUAAUAUUGUAGUGUGUUUGUAUUAUGUAUUUAUAUGUGUGUGAAGUACUCAUAUGUUUUUAUUAUUAUUUUUUUUUUAAUUAGUUUUAUUUUUGUUACUUCUUUAUAGAACUAUUAUUAUUAUUAUUAUUUUUAUAUACUGACUCGCAUAUAAUGCAUUUAUUAUAUAUUAUUAUGAAUUGCGUUUGCCCGUCAAACAAUCAAUAGUUUAAAAUAUCGUCAUACCAUUAUAUAAUAUAUUUUAUAAUACCUAUAUUUGACUAAGUUUUUUGAGAAACGUGCGGAAAUCGAUAUUUCAAUGUCCUGAACACAAACUGUAUUCGACUGUAAGACCAAUUGUCCACGUCUGUAACUUUAUUGUCAGAUUUCAGUACUAACUAUAGACUAUAAUAUUAUAUGGUCUAUAUAGUGAUAAACUGCUACCACUAAGCAUUUAAUGAAUUGAUAUAAUGAGCUAAUUGUCCCUUAAACAUGAUUUAGUGACCGGAGAUUGGUCCAUUAAAUUUUAGUGAACCAUUAAGUUAAUUAAUUUUUUAUGCUACUCAGCAUAAUAAUAUAUUAUAUACUUUUGAUAAUAAUAUAGUAAUUGCGCUUUUUUUUUUUAGCAUAGCUGAAUAUUCAGUGGCGCAUUUUCGGGGAUUUUAUAACGAUCCUUUUUAAAAUGAAACUGUUCUUUGUUUUUACGUUAACUAAACCUAAUAGUUUAAAAUUAUUUAAAACGAAUAAGGAGGGUGAUAUAUAGAUGAUACAAUGUGUAGUAAAAAUACACUUGCACAUCGAAAUAACAUGUUACAUAGUUGCAACUAUUCAACAUAUUGCAACACAUAGAUAAAAACAAUGCUACAUCGAAAAUAUUGGCAAAUUUACAGCUCACCCGGUUUUCUUUAAAGAUAAUUUGCAUAUGAUUCUUUUUCUGUUCUGAAAAUUAUAUUCCCAGAAACUUUUCGCAUCUAUUACGGAUUUUUAAUUUAAGCUUUAAAAAAAAAAAAAAAUGAAAGGUGUACAUUUACUAGUUGAAAAGUUGUGCUAUAAGUUAAUUUUUUUAACCUUUUACUUAACUAAUUACCUAGUUAUUUUUCUGAAUAACUUAAUAUAGUAACUAAGUAAGUACCUAUAAUUAAAAUAUCCAUUAUAAUAACUUAGGCUUUUUCAGUUAAAUUGAAAAAUAACACGUUAAGUUUGAAAUGUUUGAAAAAAAUAUCCAUCAUCUGCUUCUAUAGGGGGACAAACCAACCGUUAAUACGCCACUGGAUUAUAGUCUAAACUGUUAUGUCUGUAAAACAUAAUUAAUAUGAUAUACCUAUAUUAUAUUUUAUUGUACGAUUGUAAAAAUUACUACCGAUAUGCAAAUUGAAAUGUUAUAAAUUGUGUCCUGAUUAUAUUAUAGUAUUAUACUAUUAUACGUACUCUUACAGAUAUAUAAUAAUUAUA